UCGUCUGGACAAAGUCAUCUGAAGAAUGGAGUGAUGAAGUUUGACGAGGUGAUGAGGCGGAGUUACUGCCAGCCGAUGGAAACGGUGAUCGACAUCCUGCACGAGUAUCCAGAUGAGGUGGAGCACUUCUUCCGGCCGUCGUGCGUGCCGCUCUUACGCUGCUCUGGAUGGUGUAACGAUGAGAACCACGAAUGUCUCCCCACAGAGACCGCCAACAUCACUCUACGGGUUUAUAAAUUCAAACUACGCCACAAUGCAGGUUAUGGAGAAAUGUCUUUUCAGCAGCGCACCAAAUGUGAGCGGAGAUCACGAGAACGACAAAAAUCUCCCGGCUUGUGCAAACCAUGCGCGGAAAGGCCAGACCCUGACACCUGCAGGUGCUUGUGUAUCCUGUCAGUGGCACGUUGCAAACAUCGGGGCCCAGAGCUGAAUGAGCACAGCUGCAGGUGUGAAAGACCAAGGAGAUUGGAAACACCAUCCCAUCCGCCAACGCCGAUGGAGAAGAAAUCGCCCAGUGUAGUAAAGAAGCUGGAGUCGGCUCAGCGUGCAUGA